UGCCGAGACAUGGCGGAGCAUACAGUUUGAGUGGGGAACGCUAGGAGAGUUGCGGUAGUUUUUGUAUCAGUUGAGGUGGCAUAGUGUGUUAUAAAUGGCCAAGAAGAAAAUAUGAAGAAGGGUGGUUGCGCUCUCAGUUAAAUUGCAAGACAAAAUGGACGAAGUUGCGAGACGUAAGUAAGCUGAGAAAAUGUAUCGCUGUUUAGUGCAGUCAACAGCCUUGGGCAACAAAUAUGGCUUCUUGUGCCUUUUUGUAUGUAUAAUAAAAAUCUGGCGUACUGUGUCAUCCAAUAACAUGGCUGAGGUGUCGAAAAUCCACAAGUGACCGGAAAGAAGAAAGUUCUUGCUUUGUUAUCGGGUUCGUUUUAGAAUUAGAGGCGAGGCUAGGGUAGCUACCGAUAGCAAGCUAGCUGGUUAGCUAAGGAACUACACGAACUGCAAUGGAGCCAAAGCACAAAGAGUUGUUAGACCAAUGCCACCAGAACUUGCUAAAGUCCAUCACCGACGCAGACCGGUUGAUAGAGUUACUGACCAAAUCCGGUACUCUCAGUCAACGGGAGAGGUACGAGUUGGAUCAGAACUGUUCAUCCAGCACCGAGAAAGUGGAGCAGCUUUUGAAGAUGCUGAUGAACAAGGAGAGCGACCAUUUCCUGGACCUGUGUGUGGCACUGGAGAAGACGUACCCUCACCUGUACUCUGCCCUCUUCACCAACGGGGGUGGACCUGUGGACCAUUCUGGGUCCACCAACAGUGUGCUGUCCACCAUGCCAUCGGACUCGGAGAGCAGCAGUUCCCUCAGCAGCGUGGAUACCACGGGUAAAGCCUCGUCACCGCCGCCCGCCCUCAACGACAACCGGCAGACGAGCGAGAGCCUGGACACCGUCCUGUUCCAGCUGAGGCAGGUGACCCGUGAGCGCGACGAGCUGCGCAAGCGUCUGGCACUCGCCUCGCCUGGCACCACCUUCGACGACUGCAGGCCCAACUCCAAAGCGAGCCACGACUACGAGCGUCUGAAGUCGCAGUGCAUGAAGGCCAUGGCCGACCUGCAGGCGCUGCAGAACCAGCACACCAAGACCCUCAAGCGCUGCGAGGAGGCCGCCAAGGAGGCCGACUUCUACCACAUGCUGCACAGUCGUGUGCUGAGCGAGCAGGCCCAGAUGAAGGAGGAGCUGGAGCUGAUGAAGAGGGACAGCACGCAGCUGGUGCGCGAGCACAACCACCUGAAGCAGAGCUGCGAGGAGCUCAAGCGCCUCCACGGCGAGGACCAGAAGGAGGUGGCCGACAUGAGGCUGCAGCAGCAACAGGUCAUGCGGGAGAACGGCUCGUCGGAGGUGCUGAACAAGCUGUACGACACGGCCAUGGACAAGCUGGAGGCGCUGCGGAAGGAGUACGAUGGCCUGAGCCAGCGCUACGGCGAGCUGGUGGCCAGCCACAACACGGACACCGGCCGGCUGGAGCAGAGCGAGGAGGAGCGGCGGAGGCUGCAGAAGCAGAUGGACACGCUGAUGAAGCAGCGCGACUCGGCCAUCCACUACCAGCAGCAGUGCUCCACCUCCAUGAGGAGGUUCGACUCGCUGCAGCAGGAGCUGAACAAGGCCUCAUCCCAGAACAAGGAGCUGCAGCGGGAGAUGGAGCGUCUGCAGGCCGAGGUCACGCGCCACAAGAACUUCCAGCUGAAGGCGGCCAAGGACGUGGAGAAGUUCAAGGAGGAGCGCGACUCAGUCUUCAACGAGUACCGGCUGAUCAUGAGCGAGCGCGACCAGGUCAUCAAGGAGGGCGAGAAGCUGCAGACGGAGCUGGAGGCCGCCGAGGCGCGCCUCAAGAACACCUCGUCCGAGCGGAUGGUGGCCAGCGAGGAGCUCGAGGCCCUCCGACAGGAGCUGAACUCGUCUCUGGUGGAUCGAGACCGCGCUAUCUGCGAGCGGAACGAGCUGCUGGAGAAGUACUGCCACGAGGUGAAGGACAAGGCGGAGGCCCAGAAGGAGCUGAGCCAGGCCUGCAAGGACAUCGAGACGGUGCGCGAGGAGCGCGACGUGGCCCGCAAGGAGCGCACCGAGGCCAUCAUCCAGAGAGACCAGCUGCUGCGCGAGUACUACCAGGCCAGACAGAAGCAGGACUCGGCCACACUGGACAUGGAGCGCGCCAACAAGGAGAUGGACAUGCUGCGCAAGCAGUGCGAGGCGGUGAGCGCCGAGCUCAAGGAGACGGCGCAGGAGGCCGAGGUGGCCAAGUGCCGCCGCGACUGGGCCUUCCAGGAACGCGACAAGAUCGUGGCCGAGCGCGAGAGCAUACGGACUCUGUGUGACAACCUGCGCCGAGAGCGAGACCGCGCUGUCAGCGACCUGGCCGACGCCCUCCGCAACCUCGACGACAUGAGGAAGCAGAAGAACGACGUCUCGAGGGAGCUCAAAGAGUUCAAGGAAAAGAUGGAGAGCCAGCUGGAGAAGGAGGCUCGUUUCUGCCAGCUGAUGGCCCACAACUCCCACGACUCGGCCAUCGACACGGACUCCCUGGAGUGGGAGACGGAGGUGGUGGAGUUUGAGAAGGACCGGGAUGACAUGGACUUAAAAGCCCUUGGGUUUGACAUCGCAGAAGGGGUCAACGACCCCUAUGUACCUGGGGAAUGUGGGAUAUUUGUGACCAGGGUGGACAAAGGCAGUAUUGCAGAUGGGAGGCUAAGGGUGAACGACUGGCUGCUAAAGAUCAAUGACGUGGACCUGACCAACAAAGACAGGAAGCAGGUCAUCAAGGCGGUGCUCAACGGCGGCGGGGUCAUCAAUAUGGUGGUGCGGAGGAGGAAGUCCCUGGGCGGAAGGCUGGUCACGCCCGUCCACAUCAAUCUCACCGGACACAAAGACUGUGGCAUCGUGCUGGAGGGCGGAGUGUUCGUGACCACCAUCGUGCCAGGGAGCCCAGCUGCCCGCGAGGGCUCCCUCACUGCAGGAGACCGACUUCUAGCUAUAAAUGGCAUCGCGCUAGAUAACAAAUCACUGACGGAAUGCGAGGCUUUGCUGAGGAGCUGCAGGGACUCGCUCAGUCUCUCCCUCAUGAAGUUCUUCCCCCAGAGCUCGUCGGGUCAGAACAUCUUCGAGAGCCUGCGGGAGGUGGAGAAGUCCAGCGGGCGGCUGCUGAUGGCCGAGGUGCACUCGCGCAACAGCCGCAACCUCAAGCACAACAGCUCCACGCAGACGGACAUCUACGGCGGCGAGGCGCCGGGCGCGGGCGGUGGAGAGCGACGGACGGACGCGGCGCCGGCGUACCCGUCGGAGCGCAAGCCCUUCCCCUCGGCCGCCGUGCACCCCAACCAGCUGCGUCCGGCGUCCGAGCUGGGCCCGCCGCGCUACCCCAGCGCCUUCCAGGAGUGCUGCUACGGCCGCCUGGAGCCCGCCGGCCCCGCCGACCUCGUCACCGUGGAGACCACGCUGGAGCGCAAGCACAGCGGCGGCACCUGGCCCAAGAUGGUGGUGGCGGGCGGCGGCGGCAUCGUCGGCGGGCCGGUCUCCUCGUCGCCGUCGGACGCCCCCGCGCAGCUCUCCAUCUUCAAGUCGCCCAAGCAGCGGAAGCCCAUCUUCGACGACGUCUUCAAGUGCCCGCCCGACCCCUCGCUCCCCAAGCUGCCGGACUACCGCUGCUCCCCGCCUCUCCCUCCCCCUCCUCCGCCUCCCAACGCGUCCGCCCAGCUGAGCGCCCACUCCCCGCAGCCCUCCAAGCUGGAGCCCCCGCCCCUCCCGCCGAUGCCGCCCGCCCGCACCGACUCCUUCAAGUUCAAGCACAAGGCGCAGGGCAGCUCGGCGUCCGACUCCACCAUCACGGAGCCCAAGGGGGACGAGCGCGGCCUCAGCCUGAGCCUGAGCGUCAGCGGUAGCGGUAGCGGCGUCCCGCACGGCUUCAGCGAGGCCAAGCCCCUGACCUCGCGCAAGUCCUGCGAGGAGGACAUCGGCCGGCUGCGGCACGAGGAGCCCGAGGUCAAGCGGCCGCGGCCCAAAUCCGCCCCCGCGCUGCGCCGCAGGAUGACCCCGCAGACCAUCGCCCUCCCCAGCUUUCAGAGCUACUCCUGUGAUGAUCACUCAGUGGAGGCGAGGGAUAUGCUCCGGUCUUCACCCAACCGGCAUCGGCACAGCGUUGGCUUUGUGCCCACCGUCUACAACGGCACCCUCCCUCCCAACUCAGCACAUCGCGGCCUGGCGCCCUGCCCGGCCAUCACGGCCGUCAUGAGGAAUCCGGUCUACACGGUGCGGAGUCACCGGGUGCACACUAAUAACUGUCCUUCAGUGGCCAGCCAAAUCUGCCAUCAGCAGCACUCACACCCCAGUCCCCAGCACCAAGGGCGCCUGAGUCUGGACCUGAGCCAGAAGCCCAGCCAUGGCACUGACCUCUCCGAGUCCUCGUCCCGCACCAGCCGCUCCUCACACACCACCAACUCCCUGCCCCGCCAGCACAUACACGGUUCAUCAAAUAAUGUCCAGUAUCGCACUGAGAGGAUAAAGAUCCCAUCCACCCCCAGAUACCCCCGCUCCAUGCUGGGCUCAGACCGAGGCUCCCUGUCCCACUCGGAGUGCAGCAGCCCCAGCCUGAUCACGCCGCCGCUGUCCCCCCUCAACCUGGAGACGUCGUCCUUCGCCAGCAGCCAGUCGCAGGGCUCCAUCUCCACGCUGCCCCGCAUCUCCGUCAGCCCCGUGCCCGUGGUGGAGCGCCGCAAAGACCGGCCGUACCUGGAGGAGCCGCGCAACGUCAUCGUGCACAAGGGUGCCGAGCCCCUGGGCAUCUCCAUCGUCAGCGGCGACAACGGCGGCAUCUUCGUCUCCAAGGUGACGGGCGGCAGUAUCGCACACCAGGCCGGGCUGGAGUACGGCGACCAGCUCCUGGAGUAUAACGGCAUCAACCUGCGGAAUGCCACGGAGCAGCAGGCGCGCCUCAUCAUCGGGCAGCAGUGCGACACCAUCACCAUCAUGGCCCAGUACAACCCGCACAUGCACCAGCUGGGCAACCACUCCCGCUCCAGCUCUCGGCUGGAGCCAAUCAGCACCCAGCAGACGCCGCAGGGCAGCGGAGCCACCACGCCCGACAACCACUCCACCAUCGACACCCUGAGUGAGCAGGACGAGGGCACGCUCACGCCCUCCUCCAAACAGACCACCCCCACCACCAGCCCCCACAGCUUCAUCAGGAUGUCAUCGGAAGUUUCCAGAAAGCUCCCGGAGCCGCGGCAGGUGAGCGUGCGGAGGGGGCAGGGGGAGCUGGGGGUGCAGAUCCGCGGGGGCAACCUGAGGGGCAUCUAUGUGGAGGGGCUGGAGGACGACAGCCCCGCGCAGGGGCCAGACGGCCUGACGCCCGGAGACAUGAUUCUAGAGUACUGUUCUGUGCACAUGAAGAACAAGACUGCAGAGGAGGCCUAUCUGGAGAUGCUGAAGCCAGCCGAGAGUGUUACCUUCAAAGUCCAGCGGCGACUGGACGAUUUCAACGCACUAAAAGACACUCCUGGAGACGGAUUCUAUAUCAGAGCACUUUAUGACCGGACGGCGGAGGCGGAGCUGGACCUCACUUUUAAAAAGGACGACAUCCUUUACGUGGACGACACACUACCAAAGGGCAACUUUGGCACCUGGAUGGCCUGGCAACUUGAUGAAAAUGCACAAACCAUGCAAAGGGGGCAGAUUCCCAGCAAAUACAUGAUGGAUCAGGAGUUCUACCGCAGACACAGCAUGACUGACGUGAAGGACGAGAAUGGCUCGAGUAAAACCCUGUCGGCGGCGGCCCGCCGCUCCUUCUUCCGGCGCAAGCAGAAGCACAAGCGCAGCAGCUCCAAGGAGGGCAAAGAGCUGGUGGCCCUGGACGCCAUCAGCACCGACUCCAUCCCAUUCCUGGACGACUACGUGAGCCUGGCCUACCAGCGGGUGCAGAAGGUGGAGUGCGCCUCUCCGCGGCCCGUCCUGGUCCUGGGGCCGCUGGUGGACGCCGUCAAGGACAUGCUGGUCAAAGAGUCUCCGGGGAAAUUCUGCAGAUGCGUGCUUGAGGUGAUGAAGGCUUCUCAGCAGGCGAUCGAGCGCGGCGUCAAAGACUGCCUGUUCAUCGACUACAAGCGGCGCAGUGGACACUUCGACGUGACAACGGUCGCUUCCAUUAAGGAGAUCACGGAGAAGGACUCUCACUGUCUGCUUGACAUUGCACCACACGCCAUUGAGCGGCUUCACAGCGUUCACAUAUACCCAAUCGUCAUUUUCAUACGCUACAAAAACGCAAAGCAGAUCAAGGAACAGAAGGACCCAGUGUUCCUGCGGGAUAAAGUCUCUCAAAAACAUUCCAAGGAGCAAUUUGAAGUCGCACAGAAGAUUGAGCAGGAGUAUAGCAAGUUCUUUACAGGUAUUGUCCAAGGCGGCACUUUGGCCUACAUUUGCACUCAGAUCACAACUAUAGUUGAUCAGGAACAGAGCAAAGUUCUGUGGACUCCUCUGGGCCCCACAUAGAGGUCCGGGAAAGUCCUGGAGGCUCACUGCCUUUCAUCUGUGGUUACACACACAUGCACCUACACACACACACCCACACACACACACACUUACUGUCUGCAAUCCACACACGUGCACAGACUCUUAAAACAGAUGUACAUUCUAAAAAAAAAGGUACACUACAUCCAACACUACAUCUAUAGUGUUUAUUUUUCCUACUUUGUUAUGUUGAUAGUAGCUGUCCCAGAAGUUGUUGUUGUUGUGUGUGUGGGGAAACAGGAUUAUAGCACUGAAGUUUAUGUUUUGUGUUCAUUUUGGUCUUCCCGAUGGAUAUCUGAUGUUUGGUAAUGCUGCAUUGAAGACACACGUUUACAGAAGAAAAAAAAGUCAGUGAAUUGUUAUUUAAUGUUUGCUUGAAUGUGUACUUUUUUCCUCUUUGUUCCCCUAAUUGAAGUCUUUGCUAACCCCAGUGUCAGUUCGGCUCACACAGCCAUUGGUCUUAAUGGCAUGCGAGUGGCUUUUCUCUCAUCACACAUCACUUUAGGUGACUGGCAUCCAUGAAGUGUAUAAGAAAAUAACCUAAGAGGUUAGUAGUGCACAGUGAUUGCUGUGCUGGGGGCAGCAGCUUGAAUCUGAGAUGGGUAUUGAGAUGAAGAAUGGGAGUGACGGGGGUGGUGGGGCAAGCGGAAGUGCCUUAGGAGAUCUCCUGAGCGGAUGACAAUGGCAAUGGCCUCUCUCUGGCCUCUUCAGAAUGCACUCCGGGGCUAGACAGACCACUGUGUUUUCAAACAAUCUCUUGGAACCACCACAAAUCACUUUUAUCUUUAAAAGAAUACGUCAUAGUCAUGCGUACUGAAGUGCACACUCACGUGGACUUUCCUCAGCUAAAUAUAUGAAUAUAGUAUGUUUUAUUUUUUAUUUGUGUGUAGGCCACAGGCCUAGCAACAUGAAGCAGUCAAACAUGUCCUAGGUGAUUUGAAGCCUUUUUCAUCAUUCAUUUGGUCUACCUGUUUGUGGUUGUCAGUCACUUUUAUGUGUUGCCCAUUUCAAAUCCUAAUCGAGAGAAAAAAAGGUGCAGGGUAAUUAAGUGAUUUUCUUAAAUCUGUUGCAAUGUUAGUGAAAUUUCAUUGUUAUUUAAUUUUUUAUUGAAGAGGCACACUAUUUCCCCCUCUCCCCGUCAUGUCACACGACCCUUUCCCUGCGUCGUAAGGCUGUGCCAAAUCCUUUAUGUAUUGUCUCCUGUUUGUUUGUUUGUUUGUUUGUUUUUGUUGGUUUUGCACCUGCAAAAAGACCCCAAUCUAGCAAUUUGGUAGGUUUCCAGUAGACCGUUUAAUAGGUACCUUCAUUUUAUGGUAAAACGAAUAUUUGUUUGAGUGUAUCACACAUACAGUAUGUUCCUUGCAUUUCAUCAAUGGCCUUUAUUCUGAAAUUAAAUAGCAAAAACAUGUUCCUCAUAGGCCUAUAUAUUCUCAUUUGAAAAAAGGGAUAUCGUCUUGCACAGUUCUCAGUGGGGAAAACCUAUGUUCCAGAAGUUGUAAUGUUGACUAUUGUGUUUUAAAUUAGGCAUUUUUUCAAGUAAAAUUAAUGUCUAUUUUUCUUAAUAGAUAGCUAGUAUUUGGUUCAAAAGAGGGAUGCAUCAUGAUCUGGUGGUAUUUUUUAUAGAAGAUGACUAGAUGACCGGUACUGUUGUGAUUGGGAUUGUCUUUUAUUAAAAAAAAAAAAAAAAAAGAGAAUGUGAUUUGUAUGAAAUGUUGCGGCAUUAACAAAAGAAUAAAAGUCAUUUUCUGUAUCACAUAA